UAUAUUUAUUUUAUAGAAGCCUUUGAAGAAAUAAUAAUAAUUUGUACACUAUGAAAAGUUUUAAAAAACUCAACAAAUGAUAGAUAAUGUUAAUUUUACUAGCUAUUAACUCCCUAGUGAUCUUCCCGUUCGUGUCAACUCAUAGUGAGAGUAUUAAGAAUGAAGAAGAAUGCAAGAUAGCAGACCUCUGCGUGCACGAUAAGGUCCCGAUGUGCGGGAUCGACUCCUGUGGUGAAAUGAGGACCUUCAUUGACACUUGCGAUAUGCAUGAAUUUAACUGCGACAGCAAAAAAGAUUUCAAGCAACGACCAAUCCACGAGUGCUGGGUGACGUGCAAAAGAGGAAGAUCGUUCAAAAAGCCAGAAUACAGAACUGAUUGUAAUUUAAACGUGAAAACCAGACAUUGAAAUACAUAAGCUUUAAA